AUGGCGGCAAGGUGCUUGUGAAAUGACCCACUGAGGUUAUAAACCUUGAAAAACACUUGACGUGCGUGACAAUAGCAGAAUUAAGAUGUCGUCAGUCGGGCCGACGGAGACACUACUGCGCCUCAACACAGCCACGACCUUCGAAGGGGAGGCCGAUGCCACAUCUGAGGAGGUCCAAGUGAGCUACAAGACUGGCGCCACGUUCCAGGGUAAAGUUCAAGACCACAAGAGAGUCGGUCGUGGGGUUUUCACAUGGCCAAAUGGAGAGAAAUAUGACGGGCAGUUUUCAGAUAAUCUGAGGCAUGGAAAAGGCAUCCAGUACUGGUCAGAUGGUAGUUUCUAUGACGGAGUAUUUGUCCAUGACCUGAGACACGGAGAAGGCUACAUUGAAUGGGCAAACAAAGAGUCUUACAAAGGCACAUUCUUCAAAGACCGGCGCCAUGGCAAGGGAUUAUAUACAUGGCCGGACGGGUCUACAUUCCAGGGCACAUUUUACAUGGACAAGAAAGAGGGUUAUGGCACAUUUCAGUUUACUAAUGGGGAUAAAUUUGAGGGUCUGUAUAUCAAUGAUGAACGUGAGGGACCAGGGGUGACAACAUACAAAGAUGGCACACAAGAUGUUGGGCUGUGGUUUGGGGAGAAGCUCAUCAAACUCUGUUCCCCCGUCCCUGGUGCUUUCACCAUGAAGGACCAUCAGGAGUUUGACUUUAAUCCUGAAGAACAUGUCCUGUUCAUCGAUCCACAUGAACAAAGCGACUCGCACGCACCCUUCAGCAGUGUCUUGAACCCGCCAUCAGAGUUCGACUACACCCCGGACAGCUCUGUGACAGACCGUGUCUCGGAAAUAUUCAACACAUCUCUGGAUCCUAGAAGCCUUGCCAUUAAUAAAGACUUGUUCGAUGAGGAGUUCUACAAGGAUGUAGACGCUGACGACAGCAACAACGUUAAAGUAACUGCCUGGAAUAAAACACCGUCCAUGAUAAACCUACAGAGGCAUGUUCACAAACAUAAAGCAUUUGCAAGUCGGCUUUCAUUUAGUGUUCAGAAGAUCAUCGAUGGAGAUCGGAGUUCGUUUAAGAGUAAAGGGAGGCUGGAGCUGGCUUCAGAGGAGUUGCUAGGAGCUGCGGUGUCUGGGGACAUGGAGAAGGUAGAGGAGCUGCUGAUCAAUGAAGGUGUGCAUCCCGACGUGGCGGACAAAAACUGUCACACUGCACUUAUUGGAGCCACGGUCAAUUGGCACAUUGAUAUUAUCAACUUGUUAUUAAAUCACGGGGCGGAUGUGAACAAACUGAACGAUGAAGGGUGCUCUGCGUUAUCUGCUGGGACUAUUUUCUUCUAUCCCAUAGACACAUUCCAUUACAACAUAGCUGAACGCUAUCUCGAAAAACCACCAGAAGUGAAAGAAGAUGCUACCAAAGAUGAACAGAAACCAAAAAGCAUCUUGUCAAAGAAGACUACAGCAGUUGAGCAAAAGAUUAGUCAGAACAAUGAACUUAACCGAGAAAAAUCCCAAACGGGCAAGCUGAUAGACCAGUAUGGUGUAAGCAGCACUAGUAUAGACAGCGGGAUCCCGGCCAUGGAGAGUACCCAGAGUCUUCGAGAACCCGGAGAUAAGUCGCUGGUUACAAUUGCUGAUGCCGCAGAAAAUACCACCCUCAGUGAUGAUGGAGACCUGUGUGAUGACGAACUCAAGGACAAAGUUAAGGAUGCUGAUCGGGAUUCGGUCAUUGAUAGUGACAAUGAGGGCGGGGAUCAGUUGGAUGAUGAGAUUCCAGAGGAUUUUGAUUCCAAUAAGAGUGUCAGGAACUACCAGAUCGAGGUGACGGAGCAGCUUGUGGAGAGAUGUGCCACCCAGCUCAGCACCAAUGACAGAGUUGUGAGUCGACAUUCUCUUCAGAGUGCAGGACUUGGGACUGCACGGAUGAUGGCUCUUCAGAUAUCUCUGAAGGAGAGGAUGAAGGAGACCUUGGACCUGCUGCUGCGUCGCGGUGCCGACCCCAACGCCUCUGGGGUACCGAUGCCGGUGCUGUUCUUUGCCAUCAAGGCCGCUGAUGUGGAGAUGGUGAGAAUCCUGCUCAUGAAGGGAGCAUCCACAGGAGCCAGGCUGCCGAAGGAGAAAGGCAGUCUUGCUCCCCUUCAUAUAGCCUGUGCAAUCCCUGGGGAGGACGGAGUGCAGAUCACAGAGCUGUUGCUGAACGCACUCGCUGACCCGGACGUCCGUGCGGAGGAGGAUGACUCCUUCCUCAACAGGAUCUUGGAGGAUGAGUGGAGUAAAGAUGUCCUGUCAGAUGAAAGUAAAGCUCUCCUGGGUGGGAGGACACCAUUACAGAUUGCCUGUGCCAGAGAUGACAACUACAAGCAUGUGUGUAGAGUUGCCCGUCUUCUACUGGAACACAAGGCCAACCCCAGUCUCCUGUGCAAUGGAUUCUCUCCCCUUGCCCUGGCCAUUACCAGCGGGAACGAUCAUGCUAUUGAUGAGCUGUUGCUGUAUGGAGCUGACCCCAGCCUCCCUCUGACACAUGGUGUUGGUAACGCCCUCUGUGUUGCCACUUCCACAGAACAUGAACACAGGCGGACAAUAACUGGAAGACUUCAGCUUGUGGACAAACUGAUUAAGGCUGGCGCCAACAUCCUUGCUCCCAUUCUGAUCGGCCCCAAGAGAAUCCAGGGAACGGCAGUGGACUAUGCCUACUAUAUGUUCAACCAGGACCGACGUAUUGCACACAUGCCGUACCAUGCACUGAGCCACGCGGAGAGGGAGACCUACAACGCCCUCAAGAAACUGCUGGCCCACAUCGGGGACAUCAUGAGGGGCAAGGCUGUGGAGCGGGAACGCCGACGCCUCGAGGAGGAGUUCAGGGAGGGGCAGAGGAGUGCCAGCCCCAGCCAAGGGUUUGUGUACGUGGGGGCAGGUGCCCCUCUUCCCCCGGGACUCAAGUCCAAGAUGGCCUCCAAGGUGGGUCAGGUGACGUUUGACCGGAGCGUGACAGACCAGAAGAGUGGACUGGUUCAGCAGGAGAGCGAGAUGAGCAUUGGACUGAGAAAACCUUUGCUGAAAUAUUGCUAUGAGUGUGGUCGGUCAGUCGGUGUCCGUCUCUCGGCCUGUACACGAUGCAAGGAGGUGUACUACUGUAGCAAGGCCUGCAAACUCAAGGCCUGGAACGCUCGUCACAAGGAGGAGUGUAUUAGAGUGGGAGGUCGGUCCCGCAGCCCGAGCCCCUCCCAGAAGAAGAACCGAAUUGACAGUCCUACCCCAACCACCACGGCAGACCGUGGACGCAAGACAACGGUCAAUGAAUUGACCAAAGACAAGCAUUCACAGAAAGUGGUGGUCCCUGUUCACGGCCACAGUCACAGCGCCAGGGGGCCCCGCCUCUACCCCGGGGGUAGCAUGUACAACAAGCGACUCAUCAAGUCUGGCAGCAAGCGUGACACCAGCCCUGGGAGGGAUCAGUCUGGCGUCUUCAUCGACAACUACAGCUUCGUGUAAACGGGGUUGUAGCUGCCAUAUACGACAGCCCUGGCUUUAUUUCUUCAGAGUGUAAAUUCAGCUGUCAUUUCUUUAGUGCAUUUUUGAAACACUAAACUGAUACUUAACCCUACAAACAUAAAUAUUCGUACUUGAUAUAAAAUAUGGCUUUUUGAUUGGCAAUAUGUAGGAUGUAAAAAAACAUGUCAGGAAGCCAGUUUGUCGUCAUGACAACAUGUUAUGUCUGUUUCCACAUUAAAAACCCAGUUGUGUGUUGAGGUUCUGUAAUUUCAACACUAAAAUGUCAAACAAAACGUCACCUUUGUAAGAUUAACUCUCAGUCCAUGCUUCAAAUGCCUUAUACACACAGACAUUUGAACUAUAUUACAAAGUUUUGCUACUGCAAAAGAUAUAUGUCAUACUGUUUGGUUUAGUUUUGAGCUGAAGAAUGAUAAAGAAAUUCAUUUUCUUCAGCAAGAGAUGCUAAUUGCUAUCAAGCAUGAAUGUAGUGGCACUUGAGUACCCAGACAUUUGAACUAUAUUACAAAGUUUUGCUACUGCAAAAGAUAUAUGUCAUACUGUUUGGUUUAGUUUUGAGCUGAAGAAUGAUAAAGAAAUUCAUUUUCUUCAGCAAGAGAUGCUAAUUGCUAUCAAGCAUGAAUGUAGUGGCACUUGAGUACCCAGGCAUUUCAGACACAUUAGUUCACACAAUUGUGUCCCUUUGUUGUACCAGGAAUCUGUGAUCAUGGGUUUGAAUCCCAUAUUCAUGUUGUUUGAUUUGUAGCAUUAUAUACCCACUCAUGAGUUUCACUAAAGUAAUGCCUAAGAUAUGCAUCACUUUGGCUUUAAUCCAACAUGGACCUGACGUGGUAUGAUGGAUAUAUAGUUUCUGUAACAUGGUGUUAAACCUGAUUCUGCCAGGAAUUCGUAUUUGUUUCAAUUCUGAUUGGUCAAUCAGAAGUUUCAAAUCACAGUAACCAUCUCUGAUUGAUAUAGCUGUUUUUAAUGGUUGGUUGGCUACUGAAAUCAGGAUAUGUAUAAAUUAUGAUAAAUUACAAAGUGCACAAUUACUGUGAAUGUAAAGUUUAAAAUGAAAAUACAUUUUUGGUAGAAAACACAAUAGAAAGCAAAAGAGAGAGUGUAUUUCAAGUUUUUGGAAUAGCAGAGAGUUUUAGAUUUGGCCUUUUCUGUACAACAUUAUAGUUUGUUCAUCAUAAUCAUCAGUGUGACAUCAUAAUAGUAAAGGCAGUGCCAUAUAAACAUCACCGGUGAGGCUAGCUUAGUUACAGGGAGGGUCCUCUCUUCGUGUUAGCUAACAAGUAGUAGCUGUACCACUUACAUGUGACAUAUGCAAGGGAAAUAUCAGAUUUGGAAAAACAAAGUUUGAAGUGGGUUGUAAGUAGCCAAAUUCCAUUUCUGAAUUGAUCCAAACUGUGGGGAAAUGUCAUAUCCUGUUGAAUCAUGUUUGUCUAACAGCUUUUAUCAGUUGUUUUCCUCAGUCAGAUAGACAUCCCACUUAAAACAUUCAACUCACCAACCCAUGCCACUUAUGUUCACUAACACCAAAGACUUUGUGUUCCAUUUUGUUAUGAUAGUGUUGAAGUAAACCCACUGAGUGUAAAAAGUAAAGGUAGUCACACUGUAGAUUAGAUCAAAUGUAGAUUGAUGAAUGAGUGAGUGGCGCUUUCAUUAAACAUAUUAUAUUAUCUUCCAUGGCUGUACCCCGGCCUAGAAACAGGGUGCUGAUUGAAAUCAUGUUAAUGUGUAAACAGUGAUUCAGUUGGUGACGAUUUUAAUAAAAUAACACUUGGUUGAAUUCUUGAAGGUUCACAACAGUAAACCGAUUCCCGAAUGAAUUAUUUACAAAAAUAGAUAUCGAGCAGCACAAUCUGAUUUCUAUUUCACAACCAGUCAAACCUCGAGAUCCUUAAGUCAACUUUAUAAUAGUGUGUCCCCAGUUUGUGUUUCAGGUCGGGUGGUAGUCCAGUGGUCCAAGUGUUAGCUCACUACACUGUAGAACCUGGUUUGGUUCCAUCAUGAGUAUUGGUGAAGCCCUAUCUUGGCACCCCGAGGUGCUCAGCUGAAUGUUCACACCCACAUGUAGAAUUAGUGUAAAUAUUAUUGUACACCUACAUAUAUUGUUUGUUGAAAAAGCUCUGUGUUAUAUCUGUGUAUAUACCAAUAUAUAUUGUGUCACUUUUACAUUGUACAUUUAUUUUAAAACCAUGUAUUUUAUAUUAUUAUUGAGUAAUACAUUGUAUUUAUAUAUUCAUAUUUUUUAGGUUUUGAAGGAAGAUUGUCACUUUAUGACAAAUUAUUUGGGUGUAUGAAAUAAUUGUGUACAAUAAUUAUAUUUACAUUUUUAGACAAUUGUUGAACUUAAUGACAUUUAUUAAAUAUACAUGUAUAUGAUUAGAUCAAUGAUAUUUAUGAUAUACAUGACUAGAUCUCUACGAACCCUCCAUUCCUAAUAAAUGUCACAAAUUAAUCCAGUACUAUAUAAUAAGGACUUUAGAGAACAUGAAUAGGUCUUUAUAACCAGUCUUAAAACUGAGUUAUUUUGCAUUUAUUUAUUUACUUGCAGAUUUUGUCAGGCAUUGUAUUUUCAGUUGGUUUUUGAGACCAACCAUUACAAAAAAAACUUAAAUUAAAAUGACUUCUGACAAAAUCUUUUGAGCCAACUCUGUUUUACAGUUGGAUGAAACAGGAAGAAAAAACAACACAAGAUUUAAUCUCAACUGUUCUCAAGUGUAUGGUGAAAAAUAAUGCCUCCAUCAAAAAAUAUCUUCUAAUACCUUGCUGAUACAGCUGUAACAGUACAAAUUUAAAAACUGAAAACUGCUUUUGUUAUUUUUUUCUGACAUUUUCCACUGAAUUUUAGGCCAAAUUUUUUGUAAACCAACAAAUGAAAUAAUUAAUGAAAAUGGAAAGCUCUCCAUCUGUUACUGAAGCAGACAACUUUCAUCAAGGGUCAUUUCGACGUAGAUUCUUUCACUGUUCUAUCCAGUUGUAUCUUUCAUUACUUCUAGAAUACCAGUCAAUGAACAAUCUGUUGCGUGAUAUUUACAUGUUGAACCAUUGUCCUGUGUUAUUAUCUAUGGUAUAGGAUUUCAUGUUGUUGAGUCAAAUUAUUGUUAUGCCCGUUAUUGUGCCUUAGUCGUGCUAUUUUCUUACAACUUGUCCCAAACCGUUUUACAGUUACCCACUUCUGUGCCUAUUUUGCCUUAUCAAAUUGGUUCUAAUCUGUCUGACAGGAAAGUAUUAUAUUUCUUACAUGUGUACCCAUUUUGCUGAAUCUACCAGUGCACCAGACAACCUAGGUGACAUGCACACCAGACAACCUAGGUGACAUGUACACCAGCCUUAUUGACCUGUACACCAUCCUGUCCAGCAUGUACCUGACCAUUAGGAAUGUGUCAUGUGACAUGAGAUGAGGGUCAUGAACAAAAUGGACAGUGUUUAGGGAGGGUCAUGAAAUUAAUGUUAAACUGCUAGGGUUUUUUACAAAUUUAACUAUUUGGGCCUGAAAUAAAUUUAUGUUUUCAAAAUUUCUGGCCCACCUAUCCCCUACAUGUAACCAUGAUUCUAUAUAUUCCACCAUCAGGCGUAUCCUUGUUGCUCCACAUAAUCUCCCAUCCCCCACCCUCCUGAGUCCCCCACCCUGUCCCCCAUCACCCAUCCUGUCAGCCCUACUGCCUACUGCUGAUGUGCCUUGGUUGACCCUGUGUUAUCUAAAUAUUUGCAAUACCAUAGGGCCUGUUUCACAGAUCUCAGUGCUGCAACUGUAGGCUGAUAAGGUAUGGAUCUAUGGCCAUUCAAAAUUAGUGCUGAAAUGACUGAUGACCAAUUUAACAUUUUCAGGAUCUUAUGUUGAUGGUUGGAACGAUUAAUCGAUCAUGUCUAAUCAUCACAUAAAGAUCAGGCCAAACAAUUGUUUGGCGAGACAAAAAGCCAGUACACUAUGUUCAUAUCAAACACCCUGAUAACAAACAGCCACUUGCUGUAUAUUUUAGUUGAAAUGCCUAUAAACUGGUAAUAACAAAUUUAAUUUAGUUGUCCCUUUGAGUUUGCUACAACCACAGUUUACUGUAUAUCGUAUCAGUACUGGUGUUACUCCCUUCCUUUCCACAGACUUACACUAGAUGCAGCACAACAAUCUCAUCCCCAUCGUAUCCACAUCCUUUAUAUACUGCUGAUGUUUGUACCUCUCCACCAUCCCUUCCUUCCCACAGACUUACACUAGAUGCAGCACAACAAUCUCAUCCCCAUCGUAUCCCCAUCCAUUAUAUACUGCUGAUGUUUGUACCUCUCCACCAUCCCUUCCUUCCCACAGACUUACACUAGAUGCAGCACAACAAUCUCAUCCCCAUCGUUUCCCCAUCCAUUAUAUACUGCUGAUGUUUGUACCUCUCCACCAUCCCUUCCUUCCCACAGACUUACAUUAGAUGCAGCACAACAAUCUCAUCCCCAUCGUUUCCACAUCCAUUAUAUACUGCUGAUGUUUGUACCUCUCCACCAUCCCUUCCAGAUCCUUGUAUACCCCCGUGCCUUAUUUUGUCCCCGGGGCCUUUAAAUAUUUAUUGGCGACAAACAACAUAGGUUAUUAGUAUUAUCAGCUGACAACUGUGUUGUCAACCAAUCUGUCUAUCUAGUGUCAGGUGCCUACAGUGUGUCUGUAGUAGAGGCUUUGUCCUGUUUCCCUUUUUGUAUGGCCAUCAGUUUGGCUAAUGACCUAAUGAACCCUAUAUAUCCAGGGUUUCCUUGGAGUACGAUGAUCAGCUGAUCGUCUCAUCCACGCUCAGUGUUAGUCUUUGUACGCCAUGUUCAGGCCAGUGACAUCUUCUGUGACAGUUACUUUCUUAUCAUGUGACUUGGCACACCCUAUCCUUACGAGGUGUCAGUCUGUUGCUGAUGCAGUAAGAUUUGUCCAAAGACACUGCCUGACAGCCAUUUUGUCAGUUACCACAUGGAUGGUUUCGGAUGUAGACUAUGUGUACUCUAGAUAUCCACAUGACAGAAUUUGACAGGUGUCAUUUGGACUUUUGGCAUGUCCUUUGCAAUCGUAUCAGUGAAUAGAGCAGAAAAUCCAGUAUUAUGUCAUGGCAAGGCUGACUCUUCCAAGUCCAUAGAGAGUCUAUAUUUUAGUCAUCAUUUUAGGGCCCAAAUCCUCUAGCCUGCCUUAUGAGUAUUUUGAUUGUAAUACAUCUAUACGCUCACUGGGUGUGAGUGAGAGAGAGAGAGUCUCAAUAGGGCAGAAAUGUACUAGUAAUAAGUAAUAGUCGGCUUACCGUAUAUGACACUUAUAUCGAGGCACAUUACCUGCUUACGGUGCUAUGUACUCUGCUCCAGGGCAGAAUAUUGUUAUACCAGCAGAAGUGUGAUUAAUGUGCCAAUAUCUUCAAUCACUGACCUUAAUAUUGUGUUUUUAAUAAUGACACGUUGAAACCUCCUUGUAAUUUAUUAUCCUCUAAAUGUUCUGUUGUAUGUUCAUCAGAACCAUACACUAAAAUAACAUCUUGUGACAGUGUCAACAUCCUUGGCUUUACACCUGAUAUAAGAAUUCAAUGUGUUUGUUCAGUAUUUUGUGUUUUUGACAGAACCACAAUUCUUAACCUGAUAUGUGCAAGUUUUUUGGACCACUCUGCCAGGUGAAUAGUGCAGUUUUCAAGACAUGUGACACGAGCCAGAGAUUUUUUUAGAUGUCAAUAUCUGUAAAUAAAAUCCAGAUAUUUCCA